AUGAUUAGCUCCAAAAAAGUUAAAAACUAUACACAUUUCUUGGAGACACCAUUAAAAAUUGUUGGAUGUUGGGACUGGUAUGAGAAACCGCAUACAGAAAACCAGAUUUUCUUUAAUUAUAUCUAUUUGGGCAUCGUUUUGUUCGUUCUGAUCAACGUAUUGGCAUCAUUAAUCGUCAACCUAUACACUGAAUGGAGUGACAUAAUGUCUAGUCUAGAACAAAUGGCAGAUGGUCUGCCUUUGAUAGCCUCUGUGCUUAUCGUGUCUUAUUUUGCAACACAUAAAGAAUUGUUGUAUGAGUUGGUCAAGUAUAUCAAUGUUAAUUUCAAAUGGCGUUCCGCUAGAGGGUUGACAAAUAUGACUAUGGUGAAUAGUUACAAAACUGCGAAGAAUUUUGCCUUUUUCUAUACCGCUUGCACGAUUUUUAGUGUUACCAUGUAUGUGAUCAUACCAGUCGCUGCCCAUCUGUGGACAAAACAGCCAUUACAACCUUGGAUAUACGCGGACGUUUCCUACACACCAUUCAUAGUGGUGAUAUUCUUCCGCCAAUGCUUGGCACAAGCGUUUGUGGCGCUCGCUUUAGGACAGUUCAGUGUUUUCUUCGCUUGUAAUUCCAUCUUAUUGUGCGGCCAGUUGGACUUGCUAUGUUGCUGUCUACGCAACGUGCGUUACACCGCCCUUUUAAAAGCCGGCGUAAAGCACAGCGCUCUUUCGAUACUAUACAGUGAUAUUGCAGAUGACGAAAAACAUAACUACAUAUAUAACACGGCAGAGAUCAUCGACUCCCAGUAUCAUUACGAUGAGAAAGUGAAUAUGAAUUUUCUUGGAGUUAAAACAGAAUUUGAUAUAUACAGUUCUGAGUAUGAUAACGCAACUAGCGAUGCCCUGAGGGAGUGCGCACAAGUCUGUCAAGUGAUCAACGUGUACAAGGAUCGCUUCGAAAAGUUCGUAUCGCCAGUACUUGUGCUACGGGUUGUACAAGUUACGAUGUACUUGUGUUUACUAUUGUACGCCGCUACUUUGAAAUUCGACAUGAUCACCGUUGAAUACUUGGGAGCUGUCGCCUUAGACAUAUACGUUUACUGUUAUUUUGGCAAUCAAAUCAUUUUACAGGCUGAUCGUGUUUCAACAGCAGCUUACCAAAGCGCGUGGCCCACGAUGGGAGUAAAGCCACGUCGCCUCCUUAUAAACGUAUUGCUGGCCAAUCUGAAACCAAUGGUCGUACGAGCAGGGAGAUUUUUGCCCAUGAAUCUACACACUUUUGUUAUGAUAAUGAAAACAUCAUUCUCCUACUACACAUUACUCGUAAACGUCAAUGAGAAAUAGUAAAGUCAAAAAAUUUCAAAUCACGAAUAUUCUUCGCUUCACUCGUCGUCUAAAUAGCUGCACUUAAUAAAUAAUAUCUACAGAAAAUAUGCCACAAUUACGAAAAAUUUCAACUUACCGUUUUUUUCCUUUAUUAAAAUGUUUAUUUACUUAUACCUACGUUUCUGAAAUAAAGAGUUUCAUUUGAUAGCAAAAA